AUACACGGCCAUUGAGGGUUGGUGCCGUCAGAGACAACGGCAGGGGUGCCACGGCAGUGCACAGGCUGGGUCCUUGUCGCUAAAGCAGGGAAGACACUUCUGGGCCCACGAGACAGCUGUCCCAUGCUCUACUGAGCACGGUACCAUGUUUCUGCAACUCCUUCUGCUGCUGACUCUGCUGGGCCCUGGAAGCAGCCUCUGGCCAUGGGACACCUGGGAGGAUGGAGCCAAGGAGACCCUAGGUCUCCUACUCACCCGCGGCCGGAGACAGGUAAAUGGGAAUGAAUUUGACGAGUAUGAAUAUGAUCAUCCGUACACAGACCCUCCAGAAAAUUUGCAAAAUCACACUGAGCCCAUGUCCUCGAGACCCCAGCUUCUGGCUUCGUUGGGAACAUUUGGGCAGAGAGAUACUGCAGGGACUGCAACACCUGAGUCAGUCACUCUGGAGAUGGCCACAAGGGACUCUACUGUCCUGGAUGCAGGAGGGGCGGCCACUGGGAAUCUGAGCAUGAAACUGGCCACACAGGGAAUUUCUGUCACACUGGACCCUCUGACCAAAGAACCAGUCACUGUAAUCCUCAAAGAGGAUACAAUCACAGAGUCGGCUACAGCAGAGGCCCUGUCCAUGGGGCCAGCAGGCAUAGAAGCAGCGUCCACAGAACCCGUGUCCACAGAGGCCACACCCACAGAGCCCACGUCCACAGAGGCCACAUCCACAGAACCUGCUGUCACAGAGGCCCUGACUACAGAACCCACUUCCACGGAGGUCCUGUCCACAGAACCCACAGUCAUAGAGGCUCUGUCUGCAGAACUAACUUCCACGGCAGCCCCUUCCGUGGAGCCCACUCCCACAGGGGCCCUGCCCACAUAUCCAGUCCCUGCGAAGGCCUCGACAACACCUGCUACCAUGAGGGGCCUAACCACAGCCCCUCCUGUGCCCUCCGAUCCUCCCAGAGGCAGCACCAUGGCCGCUGGCAAUUUGCCUACUGAUUCAUCCUGGAAAAGCAACCAGACUCUUUCCCCCCAGAGCUCUUCUACCCCCGGUCCCAGAGAGGUCCUGUCGGACCACAGCUCCGUGAAGCAGUGCCUGCUGGCUAUCCUCAUCCUGGCCCUGGUGGCCACCCUCUUCCUCGUGUGCACCGUGGUGCUGGCCAUCCGCCUCUCCCGCAAGAACCACCUGUACCCCGUGCGCAACUACUCUCCCACCGAGAUGGUCUGCAUCUCGUCCCUGCUGCCCGACGGCGAGGGGCUCGCUGCCACCACCAAUGGAGUCCCGCCCAAUGCCAAGAGGCAGGGCCUGAAGGCAGAGCCUCAGAAGGACCGUGAAGGGGAUGAUCUCACCCUGCACAGCUUCCUCCCUUAGCUCCCAGCCCCUGCUUGAGCAGGACCAGCCCCCAGGCUGCCUCUGUGGCCUCUGCUUCCUCCAGGUCUGGGUUCCUUGGAGCCCCUGGGGAUGGGGAUCUUUAGGGCCAGGACCCUGGCCACCCUACACAAGACUGAGAGCAGCCAGGGUCCAGGCCCCAGAGCAGGCCUGGCAAACGGAACCUCCAGGAGAGGCUGGAGAGACCUCCUCCACCUUCCAGCCUCCCAUCUGUUGUGGGCUCCCUCCUGCGGCUGUCCUCCCCCUCCCCCAAGCCCUGCCGCACCCCCUCCCCCCCUGGCUGGGAGGCCCAAGCACCCAGGAAGAUGGGAAAAUUCCUGCCGCCACCCCCACUGCCAUUUUCUUCUGGUUGCCAUGGUCACUACAAGGAAGGGGCACUUUUGAGGGGACUGCCAGAUUCCUGAGUUCAUUUCUUAUUACUUCCCCGUUUGGGGUGUCUUUCUGGGGAACCUGGGGUGAGGGCUGGGCCUGUGGGGGCUGGGCAGGCAGAAAGCCCAAAGCCAAGGGCUUCCUUCGGAUCAACGAGCUUCCAUCUGGCCACUGAGUAACCCUGUCCUGUCCUCCCCCGCCGCCCCCUGUGGCCAGGGUUCUGCCUGUUCAUGGGAGUUUCCAGAGGCCAGCCUGGGCCUUGGAACAUCACAGACACUUAGUAAAUGUUGGUGAAGCAGAUGAUGGCUGAAUGGCUGCUUCAGGUAGUGGGUCCUGGCGCUGUUCACCCCCAGCCCCAGCCCUCGCAGGAAGCCCCCUGCAUGGGCUGUUAGGGUUACUUCUGGGGGCAACUUGGUGAAUCCUUGGGAGGCUAUUGGGGAAAAGGCGUGCUGGCCCCGGGAAUCGCUCUGUUCAACUCCCAUGACCCCGUUCCAGUCUACGGAAUUUUUGUUCCCCCUAAAGCUCAGACAAAAAGGCCCUCUCUACAUCCACGCCACCCUCUCCAGAAGCCCACCCUGACCUCUCUGUUCCACAGGAGGCUUGUCUCCCAUUGUUAAUGGCCAUGCCCCACAAGGGGAGCCUGGCUCACACAGCCUGUAAGGCCUUCCUGCAGCUGACUCGCUGCCCAUCAAGUAGAGUUUGGGGCUGGCAAACUUUUUCUUAGAGGGCCAGACCUUAGGUUGGGCAGGCCUCUGUUGCAACUUCUCAAACCAUGGCAUGGAGGCGGCCAUUGACUCUGUGUCAUAAAUGUGUUUGGUUGAAUUCUAUUGGAACUUUAUUUACAAACAGGCCACAGGCUGGGUUAGGCUCUCUAAGUUAACUGGUCCCUGACUUAAGUGUAAGGGAACCAGAGGGCCCAGUUUGCCUGGGACUUUCCCCCUUUUAGCACCAAAAGUCCUAUGUCAUGGAAUAUAAGACUUUCAGCCUCAGCAAAUCAGGACAAUUGGUGGCCUUAUUUAAGGACCAAAACCCACAUGGACCCUGAGGGUCAGAUCAGGACACCAAGGUUUAGGGGACAAGGCUGGCUCUCUCCUUGACAGUGGCUGGGUGGGAAUGGAAACUCUUGAUUUUGGCUUCCCAAUGCCUUUUGGUCAUUUUUGUAUAGGGAGAAGGAAACCACUGCCUUACACAAACAGACACACACACACACACACUUAUAGACCUUCUAGAACAUUCAUCUCAGGGGCAUUUUCUCCUCUAGAAAAAUACCUCCAGGAGCCUCUUUGGGUGUACAAAAGCCCUCUGCUCCAGGGCACAACCUGCAGAGAGAGAGUUAGUUCAGAGAGGAGGCUGCGUCUGGUGGUAUUGGUUGCAGCCCAGGGGAGAGGGGUUGUGGGAACAGGGGAGAUUGGGGAAAGGCAGCAGGGCUGUGGGGGACAGAAUCAGGGACAAGUGGAGACGUGCCUGCUUCUCACUCCCCUCUCCCCGCCCCUGACCCUCUAGAACAGGUGUGAUACACAGGGAGGUGUGUUCAGGGUGCUUUGGUGGGUCACUGUCGGGAGAGGGUAUCCGCCCUGGGCUGGGGAAGCCGCCCUGAGAAGGCUGCGUCCUAAGGGAGGAACAGGCGUUGACUUCCCCUUUGGCGCCGAUCAGAAAAGUCAGCUGGGACUUCCCUGGUGGCUCACAUCAUAAUGACUCGACGUUGUCUCUGCAGUGGUUCUGGUUCAAUCCCUGGCCUGGGAACUUCCAUAUGAUGCAGGUGUGGCCACAUUAAAAAAAAAAAAAAAAAAAAAAAAGUCAGCUGGGGGACUCCACAUCAUGGGGGUUGGGGACCCAGAGGCUGAAGGACUUGGGGGGAUAUUGCGCAGUCCCUCUGAGAUCUCUUCCGUCUGGGCAGGGAGCAGGUCUCCGCGGUCCUCUGAGGGCUCGUAGAGCAUCUGUGCUUCAGGGUGUUGGUUUCCCAUCUCUCUACUAGAAGAGGGCCACCUGUCUGCAGCACUCCCUCCAAGGUGCAGGAUUUGUAAAGCCGAGACAGUGGGUACUUGAAACAGCCACCAGGGGACGCCCACCACCAGCUCUUGGAGCCAUUGGCGGCCUGGCGCUUCCCUCUUGUCCAGGGUCCAAAGGUGACAGAGGGAUGGUUUAGCUGGAACAGAACCCCAAACCCAGUGGGGUGCUGGUGUCUAUUUAACAACUGGCUCCUCGGGUGGGUUGGGGCCAAGGCAUGAUCUGCUGUGCUUGCCAACGUCCUUGCUGUAAAUACACCCAUGGCUGAUUUUGAGCAACCAGCCAUUUAUAUGGUAGAUGAUAGAAUAACAUAAAUAACACCAACAGCAUAGAUAAUAAUAGGAUGUAGUAAAAUUCCAGGGCAGUGAUGAAUUUUAAGUAUGGAAGACCUUGGUUUUUAAUAUGAUUUAAUUUUAGGAAACAUGAAAUUCUGGAACUUUGACAGUGGGCUCUCAGAUACUGACUGAUAUAGGCCAAUGGGCCAGCUCUGGCAUCCCGGGACGGCCUGCCCUUUGCCUGGACCACCCCUUGCCCUUGAACGUCACCACGUGAAUUGCCCCAUGCAUCCACUGAGCACACAUAGCUGCUCUGUCUCCAUGGGUCCCCUCAAACGACCAUGGAAGGAGGAACUAGGAUCCUUCCCAUUUUGGGAAAGAGGAAACUGAGGCUCAGAGAAGCGAAGUCGCCUCUCCCGGCUCAUGUGAGAAGAUCCAGGAUUGGGACCCGGGUCUGAAGCAGAAAUCCACGUGUUCUAACCACAAUGUCACAUUGUCCUUGAGAUCACGGUGGGGUUCUGGGGAAUCCCAUGCCCCAGAUUCCCGUCCCGGAUGACCUGUCCCGGCAUCUGGCCGUCCCCCUAGUCAGUCACCCUUUGCGGCUCCUGGUUGCUGAGGGUAGGCCCUGGAACUUGGGAGGGUGACCUAGUCAAGCCCGGCUCCUUCCUUGUAGAGAGCAGGACACAGGGGAGCUGGGACCGAGAGAGAUGGCUGGGACCGAGGAGCUGGCAUGACUGGGCAGUCAGUACGUGCCCAGCCCCAUGCCAAAUACUUCAUCUGCCUGCUCUCAUUCAGACUUCACAACUGUGACAUGGGAACCACUAUGAUCCCAUUUUACUGCUGGGGAAACUGAGGUUCAGAGAGCUGGACUGCUGCCUCUAGCAGGUCACACUGCUAAGACACCAGACUCUGCUGACUUCAGCCCUGGCAGCAGGGAAGGAAGGAGGGUAGACAGGAAGUGGGGGCAGGAGGUGGCUGGCUAAGUUUCCUCCAGUCCCCUGUGGGUGGGGGGACUUUUUAGAGGGGGGCUGCCAGCCCUGUGGGUGGUUCAUCCAGCAGCUGAUCUGGACAGAGUCUUCCCAAACCCUCUCUCCAUCUCCCACCCCCAUCUACCACUCAGCCAAGCCACAAAACUCAGGCGUGGUGCUAGAUCCCGGGAAUCACAUGGGCAGGAGAGGCCUGGCGUUACCCUUGGGGCUCAUGGUCUAAAGGGAGAGAUUGAGCCACAUUACCGUUGUAGCUCAGCGGUAAUGAACCCGACUAGUAUCCACAAGAACAUGGGUUCGAUCCCUGGCCUCACUCAGUGGGUUAAGGAUCUGGUGUUGCC